AGGCUCCCAUCAUGAGAAAGAAAAGCUAAUUCUCGAAAACGAAAAGCAUGCACGACGAAGACGAUGCAUAAAGAAGAAGAUCUAGCCCUUGAUGUCCCUGUGGAUGUGUGGAGGUCAUGGUGUUUUUCUUCUCUCUACGUACCUCCCUUGACCCGUUUUCAAACGCAUAUGACCUAGAGUGCGGUACCGAUUUUCAAUCCGUGUAGGAGAUUUUCUUUCCAUGAUCGACAAUGAUGUCUUAGGCCUCUGCCUCCGGGUGCAAAGCCUUCGGAAUUUCUCUUCGCUGCGGUGCAGUAGCACCACCGUUUCGUUGCUAGCCGGAAUGCCGUGAGAACCAAAUCUGCAGUGGAAGUAUUAACGUUAGCCGGAAGAAAGCUGCGCCUGUGGGUGCAGCGUCGUGAAACGAGUUCUGUGUGUCCGCUGACUGCACGAGCACGACGGCAACCACGACAUCCGGCAAGAUGGAUUUUCUACGCAAGAUGGUUGACGAAGAGAACAAAGGGGAGCAGACCCCCGGGCAGAUGAGCACGCCGAAAGGCGCCAGUCAGGACGGCACGACCACGCCUUCUGGGUCUCUGCUCAGUUUGGCCACGCAUGCUGGAUCGAAUCUGUUCGCUGCGGGAAGCAGCGUACUCGAUGCAGCAAAACAGUUGUCAACCGAAUUGCAGGACGGGCAAAACGACGACGGCGGCAACGACGACAUGAGAGCCGUCGUGGUGUUGAAAAACCAGCUGGAUGAGUUGACAACGAAGUACGCUAUUCUCCAGGAGGAGAGGAAUCAGUUGUUGCAAGAAGGCAGGGCGCCGCCACCACCACCCCCCACUGCGAACGGGCAUCAGCUGCCGAGUGGAGAUCUUGCUACCGCGACCGCGGAGAUCGCGCGCCUGCAGGCGGAAAAGGAGCAAAUAGCGGCGACGGAGCGCGAUGCGGUCAGGAAAGAAAUGCAGGCAAAGUUUGAGGAAGCAAAAAAAAGUCUGCAGGAGCGCGUGCAGCAAAUGAAAACACAAAUGGUGGCGAAGUUCGAUGAAGAGAAGGGAGCACUGCAAACCAGGAUACAACAAUUAGAAAGCGAGAAAACGACCGCUGCAAGCGGUGCAGCGAGCCUACCUGGCGGAGAUAGUACUGCUGUCGAUGCAGCAACGCAGGAAAAGCUUGCGGCACUGGAGCAGGAGCGCGACAAGCUGCAGCAAGAGGUCGGGGAAAUAGAAACGCGGGUGCGAAAGGAAAACGCGGAGAAGUUUCAGGAGGCAAAGAAAUCUCUGCAAGACCGCUUUGAACAAAUGAAGGAGCAGAUGCGAGAGAGGCUGGAGCAGGAAAAACAAAAGGCAUCGGAGGAAGCUGAAUCGAAGUACUUACUGAGUUUCUGUUCAUCCUUGUCAAGCUUUUUUCUGAUCCGAAUUUGAAUUUCAUUAAUUUUGAUCUAGCUCCACCAGACGAGACUUGCUUCGGGAGCUUGCUGCUAGUGCCUGUGUCUGUGUGUGCGAUGUGUGUCUAGUACUAGAGGUGAAAAAAUCGAUACAAAACUACAACCGCCAGGUUUCAGUCCCAAAUCGCCGAACUGGAGGCAAAGCUCGCUGAGAGUGCUGUGGCCCCGGCCGCUGCGCCGCCACCAGCACCUCCUACCGAGCCAGACCCGGCACUCCUUGCACGCUGUGAGCAAGCAGAAGCGGAGGCAAAGGAACGGCAGGAAAAGAUUGAGAAGUACCAGGAGAAGAUGCAGGUACUAAAAGAGGCGUUUCAGAAACAGCGGGAAACCCAAGUAAGCGUGGAGCAGGAGCGGGACGACGCUGUCAAGAAACUCGAAGAAGCUACCGCGGCCGCCGCACAAGCCGCAGAAGCCGCAGCAACCUCCAGCUCCAGCAGUAGUGCAGAGGCGGCAGCGAACUUGGAAGCGGCUUUAGCAGCUGCCCGUGCGGAGUUCGAAACGCAAAAACAGCAGCUGGAAACGGAAAAGCAGCAGGUCAUUACAGAGAAAACAGACAUCGAGAUCAAACUUGCCACACUUGCCGCCGAAGCGGAAGCUUCCGUCGAAAAGAUCAAGGCCGAACUCACGGCAGAAGUUGAGGAGUUGCGAACAGAAAAAGCGUCGCUCCAGGAGCAAGCCGGGACUGCGCAAGUCGAGUUGCAAAAGUCAGUAGAAAGCCUGGAAGCGGAAAAAGCUAAUCUACAGGAGAAGCUCGACGCCUCCAACAAGGACGCCGUCUUUUUUGAGCAGCAAGUCGCAGAUCUCCGCGAAAACAAAGUAACUUUUGUCUUAAAGGUGAAUGAAUUUCAAUUUGCACCCGUGCCUCCGCUUUUUCCUUUUUGAAAAACGUCCUUUCUGCUACUUACUGGCAGUCGCUGUCGGGAGGGUCAUACCGCUUCCACUCAUACCUCAUAGAAGACAAAGAAACAAAUUAUAUGAAAAUCAAUAUCUAAACAGUCACAGUCCCUUCUUGGAUUGAAGAGUCAACUGAUUUACAUGACAAGGUAUCAAGCCAGCAACUGGAACUGUUUCAGACGGAGAUAAAAGAUCUCCAGUCGAAGCUUACCACCGCGGAGGAAUCUCGUGCCGCCUCGCAAAAAGAGUUGCAGCUGCUGCAGCACACGCACGACACGAUCCUGGCGAAGGAACGAGAAAACGACCACGUGUUGAUCUUCCAACAAGAGAUACAGACCCUGCAGCAGAAACUCCGAUCGGAGCAAGAAGCACGGCACACGCUGGAAGACACGCUUUCCAUGCACCAGGCAGAGAAGGAAGUCAAUGACAAGCUGCAGAGCCAGUUGUUCUUGCUGCAGGAAGAGUUCCGAAAGGAGACCGAGCAGCGAGUAGCGCUGGAACAACGCCUGAAAGAUUCCGCCGCCGGCUCUACCGCAUCGGCAGAGAGCAGUAGCACGAGUAAGGAGACCGACGGGGAAGACGGUAGUGCCACUAUAACUGCACCGAGUAUAACAACAGCUCCGGCUCAGGCGGGCGGCGCACCUGCACCUGAAGAGAGUGCAACUGCAGGAGGUCCUUCGGCAGAAGAGGUUGCAGCUGCGACAGCGGCACUGCAGGAAGAGAUCGCCGGCUUGAAGCAGCAAAUAGCGACACUCGAGGGGCAAGUGGCGACGGAGAAGCAAGCAGCCGCCGACCUGGAGAAGUCGUUGCAAGCCGCAAACGCUGAGGCUGCGGAGCGCUGCAAGUCGUUGGAACAACAAAACGCGGAGUUGCAGGAGUCAAGUUUCGAUUGGAAAAUCAAGGCUGAAGCGUUGCAAGCGGAGGCUGCCGCGAGCACGGCGGAAAAGGAAUUGCUGACCGCAAAUGCGGUAGAGCUGGAGGCAAAACUCGCAUCGCUGGAAUCGGGAAACAGCGAUCAGUUGGGGUUGCUGAAAGAAGAACUCGAAAAGAAGGAAACCGCUCUGGAAACUCUGAAAUUAGAGUUGAGCGAGGCGAAAACGGAAGUGGGCGCGAGCACGGCGGAAAAAGAACUGCUGACCGCCAAAGCUUAUGGAUUGCAAAAAUGUCUGGGUCUGGAAGAAAGCGAGAUCUGUCAUGCAGUUUUUGCCUGACCCAGAUCGUCUCCUGGCAUGCAAGCUCUAGCAUCACAGAUUUUAAGCACUUAUUCCAAUGCCUAAUCCGCAUGACAAAUCCUCUCUCUCGGAAACAAGAAAUGGGGCUUUUUGCUAGCCAUGCAUGACUGAUUUUAUCAUGAUGUAGACAUGAUCGCAUCACAAAUUCGAAUCCUUCCCGACCCAGACAUUUUUGCAUUUGAUAAAGCUGCAGAGCUGGAAGCAAAACUCGCAUCGCUGGAAUCGGGAAGCAGCGAUCAGUUGGGGUUGCUGAAAGAAGAACUAGAAAAGAAGGAAACCGCCCUGGAAACUCUGAAAUUAGAGUUGAGCGAGGCGAAAACGGAAGUGGGCGAGCAGGGUACGGAAAUGAAAAGGCAAUUAGAGGCGCUUGCCGCCGAGAAACAGGCUCUGCAGCAAACGUUUGACGACACGCUAGAGGCGGAAAAGAGUCGGUGCGCGGAGGAGCAAAAAAGGCUCGAGGAGCAACUGGGUGCAGUUACAGCGCAACUAGAGGCGUCGGAGAUGGAAAACAAGCAGAAGCUCGACGCACUCACGGAGCAGCACAAUGCGACCGUCCAGACGAAGGAACAAGAGUGCGCUACCCUGCAACAGGAGGUAGAGACGCUGCGGCAGGCCGCCAACGGUGUCAGCGAGGCCGCGGUGGAAGCCAGUAAAGUUAGAGAGGAGUGCGAAGGGAAGUUCAAGGAAGAAAAACAGAAAAUCCGGGAAGAAUUCGAGUCGAGGCUGGAAAAGAAGCUGCAGUCCGUCGUAGAGGACUUCGAAAAAAAGCAAGCGGAUCUGGAAGCAAAGCACUCCGCAAAGGUACUUAAGUACUUGUUACUUUCACUGCACGAAGGGUGAGUGGCUUUUUUGAAGAUUGAUUUGCACAUAAGUAGAAAUGAGUCCGAAGAGGAAAAGAUUUUUGACAUUUUUGAUUUAGCAAAAAAUCAAAUGAAAUUCAAAAUUUCUCUACCCAACAGGACACGGAAUCCGCUGCCAAGUGGGAUGAGGAAAAGCAGAAGUUUGUGAAGAAAUUCCAGGACAAGUGGGCCUUCGAGCGGAGCGAGUUUGAUCGCGACAAAGCUUCGUGGAACGCGGAAAGGCAGAAGUUCGCGACUGACAUGCAGAAGCAGCGGGACACGUUUGCGGACAAAGUCGUGCAGAUUGAGGCGCAGUACUGAUUUUUCUAUGUGACUUUAACUUUGUUUUGCGAAGAUCCAAGAAAACGCUUGCAAGAGCCCUAUAAACAGAAUUUCUGGAGGUCACGGUCGCCUGCCCCCUUUCUUUUGUCUUUUCCUUGAUCACUCUUUACUUCUUCAAACUCCACCAUUUUUUGUUCCUUCAACUCCUGACAGGUAUCAGCAGCAAAUCGCCGCACUCGAGCAGUCGAUUCAGGACGACAGCAAGACAAAAGGCGACGAGAUUCAACACCUGCAGAAGUGCCAGUCGCUCCAGACAAAGGAAUUGGAGGAGGAGCUGCUGCAGGCGCGGAAUCAGCUGAAGGAGCGGGAAAAGGAAUCGCAGCAGUUUGCAGCGGACCGGGCGCAAACGGUGGAGUUGAAAGAGCAACUGGAACAGAGUUCCGGGACCAUCACCGAGCUGCGAAAGCGCAUCAGCGACAAAGAGAAGGAAUUUCACGAACAACUGCGGGACGCGCACGACAAGGCGCAGAAAGCCUCACUGUACAGAUGACAACUCUUGUGUUUUCCACUGUGAUCAUGACCACUUUCUGGUAUGCAUUAUCGCGGCUUUUCUUAUAGAUGAUAACCAAAAGUACCAGCGUGUAGAGGAAUACGAAUACCGUAUGAGAGAGCAUCACUGAACAAGUUCAUGAUCAAGCUCCUCAUGCUCAUUGUUCAUCACGACGAUUUUACGCAGAAGUCUAUUUCUGUUCAAAUCUCACGACAGACUGACGCGCGAGAACGAGGAGCUGCGCAAGGAGGCUGAAGAAGAAGGCCAAAAGUACCACCGGUUGAUGCAGGGCAUUGUGGAAGCGCAGGAGCAGCGCGUUCGCCUGGAAACGUUACUAGAGCAAGAGAAAUCGAAGCACCGGGAGGCGGUGGAAACGAGCAACGACCACCUGCAGCAGGAAUUCGACGCGCAAAUGAAGCAACUGAAGGAUACCCACCAGCAGAAGCACCGGGACCUGGAGUUGCAGAAGCAGAAACUGGAAUACGAAAGCGCGAACUACCAAAAGGAGAUCGAGCGCCAGCAGCAGGUCAUUGACGCGAAAAGCAAGGAAAUCCGGAUGAAAGACAAAGAGCUCGCGCAGAACGCAGCCAGUGGCAGUGUGAUCAAGCCCUUAGUGGACCCAACGGCAAGCACAACGGGGAACAAACAAAACUCACCAACGAUCCAACACGCCCUGGAAAUCGAUCACUUGAGGAAGAAACUUGCGGACCAAACGAAACGGAUAGAGGUUUUGGUGUGUGAAAAAUCCGCUUUGAAUCUUGAAAUCCAGAACAUGUCGCGCCGGAUAGAUUUGGAAUCGCUCGGGGCGGAGUUCCGCGAGUUCGCGCCGCGCAAGGUGCACGCUGGGAUAAUCAAAUUCGACGAGUUGUGCCAACAGGGUUUGGUAUACAUCCAGAAAACGCCAAAUGUGCGGGUGUGCAUCUUCGCUUACCUGCUUGUGGCGCUCGUGCUCAAUGUCCUCAUGUGCGGCCGCUUUCUACUAUUCUGACUCUGAGAACAAAUCGGUGUAGUUGGUACGUAGCUACCCUCUAGAGACAAUUCUUUUUGUCCAAUCCCCGUCCCCAGACAAACACAAACUCAAACAAACGCAAGCGACGCCUUAAGUUGAAGACCCUUCAUCUACCCUGAAAUCAAUGUGACCCAUAACCUUCGUUCUCCCCGCGAUACAACAAGCUCUACCCUGGAGAUACCCUUGAUGAUGUAUGAAAGCCAAGCCGGCACUAGCGACGCAAUUUGUAGUACCAAGUACCGCUUGUAAGACUGAAACUACAAGGAGGUGAAACAAAUACGACAGAAGUAUCUAUGCGCAAGGCAGAUCGUGCCGGCUGCAAACGUAAUUG